AAUCCCUUCCCAUUCCACCCCCACUCUCAUCUUCCUCACGCGCACACUUGAUUCUAUUUUUCCUAUAAUCAAUCUUUUCAUAACCCACUUAUAAUCAUAAUUUCACUCUCUACUUAUUUUCCCCGACCAGUCUAGUCCCAUCCUAACCAUUCACAUUUUCAUUUUGAACAAUUUCUUUCCUCUCUGAUCUGCUUAUAAAUCUGCACUAAGCACACAAAAAAAUGUCAAUGGAUGUGAUGGCAAAUGAACGUGUUUGUUAUGUUCACUGCAACUUCUGCAACACUACUCUUGCGGUUAGUGUUCCAUGCAGUAGCUUGCUGACUAUAGUGACAGUUAGAUGUGGGCAUUGUGCCAAUUUGCUUUCGGUUAACAUGGGAGCAUCACUUCAAUCUUUUCCACCUCAACAAGACCCUCAGUUACAGAAACAGCAGCUUAUAAGCUGUCAUCAAGAACCAAUUAGCAGGAAGGAAGUUGUAGGAUCAUCAUCAUCAUCUUCUUCAAAAUGCAAAGCUUUUCAGCCUCAUGAGCAACCUAGGACUCCUCCCAUUCGUCCUCCUGAGAAGAGACAACGUGUACCUUCGGCUUAUAAUCGGUUCAUUAAGGAAGAAAUACAAAGAAUUAAGGCUAGUAAUCCAGAUAUCAGUCACAGGGAAGCUUUUAGCACAGCAGCCAAAAACUGGGCACAUUUUCCUCACAUUCACUUUGGGUUAAAGUUGGAUGGUAGCAAGCAAGCAAAGUUGGACCAGGGGGUUGGGGACACUACUCAAAAGUCUAACGGAUUCUAUUGAUACCUAUAAAGUGGAAUUAAUAAGUCUAUAAUUAAUUAUCAAUCAGUUGGUUUUUUCUUUGCUUUUAAGUGGAAAAAAAAUGAGGUUGAUCAAGUUUAAUUUCCCAUUCACACGACUGCAUGCAUGGGGGACUCUUCUCAAAAUUAACCUUUGUUCUUCACCUUGUGUUUAAGUAAUAGUACAUGUAUUUCCCUUUCUGAUAAUGAUUUCUAUUCUUGUGA